UGAUUGCGUGUCCAGCUGGGAGAAUGCAGAAGAGCGAGGCUGGCUAACCGGCUAGCAGUCUGAGCCGCAUUUCCCCUCUUUCCGGGAGGGGGGCUAAGUGUGAAGCCUUUGCCGCGCCGUCAACCCCGGCUGUUCCGAUAGCUGCCAUGCCGGUCCACUCACGGGAGAAGAAAGAAAGCAACCACGAAGAAAUGGAGGUGGACUUUGCGGAGCAAGACGGCAGCAGCACAGACGAGGAGGACACGGUUAGCUCGACCGUGUCUGAAGAUGGAGACAGCUCUGAGAUGGAUGAUGAGGACUGUGAGAGGAGGAGGAUGGAGUGUCUGGAUGAGAUGACAACACUAGAAAAACAAUUCACCGACCUGAAGGAGCAGCUGUACAAGGAGCGCCUCAGCCAAGUGGAGAUAAAGCUUCAGGAGGUGAUGGCCGGCUGCGCCCAGGAGUACCUGGAGCCUUUGGCCAACCUGCAGGAGAACAUGCAGAUCCGGACCAAAGUAGCCGGGAUCUACAAAGACUUGUGCCUGGAGUCGGUGAAGAACAAAUACGAGUGCGAAAUCCAAGCUGCUUGCCAGCACUGGGAGAGUGAGAAGCUGCUGCUUUUUGACACCGUGCAGAGCGAGCUGGAAGAGAAGAUACGAAGACUGGAGGAGGACAGGCACAGUAUUGACAUUACCUCAGAGUUAUGGAAUGAUGGACUGCAGGCUCGGAAAAACAAGAAAAAAGAUCCCUUCUGUCCCGUCAAGAAGAAGAAGCCUGUUGUUGUUUCUGGGCCUUAUAUUGUUUACAUGCUGCAAGACCUGGAUAUUCUUGAAGACUGGACGGCCAUAAGAAAGGCGAUGGCGUCCUUGGCACCGCACCGGGUGAAAGUGGAUGUCCCUGCAGUGAAACCGGACAGACAUCACCAUGUGGCGCGCUCCGAGGAAGGUCGGCUUUUCUACGACAACCAGUGGUACUGCAGGGGACAGACCAUCUGCAUCAACAGAAAAGACGAGUUUCCAACCAGCGCCAUCAUCACCACCAUCAACAACGAUGAGGUGUGGUUCAAGCGGCUUGAUGGCACCAAGUCCAAGCUGUACAUCUCCCAGCUGCAGAAAGGCAAAUACACCAUCAAGCACUCCUAGAGGAGGCAAGAACAACACUUUAACACCCUCUCCCUCCCCUUUCCUGUAUUCAUCUCCGCUGUGUCUUUCCUCCAUCUUACAUCUCUUUCCAUCCUACCACACACAGUCUAAACGGUAACACACACCUACCGACGCUCUCUGUACGAGAGGAUCGUCCGUGUUCACGCGCGAUUCGACACGCCGUUUUCACAAAGCGUCAUUUUUCUCUGGAGCGGAGAUCAAUGCGAAGUGCUGCUAAUGAGAAACAAGCGGGGGGGGGGGGGGGGGGGGGGGGGGGGGGGUUUAGAAACUAACUGUGAAGCGCAAAGCUCAGUCGAGUGCCUUUCCGGGUCGGGACGCCGCCGCUGACGGCUGGUGGGAGGGAGGAAGGAGGUCUCGACCUUUCAGCGCAGCUAAGCCUUACUCAGUGCUGCUUUCGCCACCAGGAGGACUGAAGCGGGUCAGUGAGCGUGUGGAAGAAAAUCCCUCUGAACUUGAAUUUCAUGCUCGUAGAGAAAUUUAGUUAGAAAAUCAACUUAGGAACCUUUGUGUUUAAUGACCUCUUGAUGUUUUUAGUGGAACUUAAUACCAUUUUCUGUCCUCUAAGCACUACUACCCCCUGUACAUAGUUGUGUUUUGUGACUCUUCUUUUCGUCCUGUAAUGUUGCCAAAUGGCUAAUGCUAAUGGUACCUCCGCUUUGCGAUCAAAGAGGUGGAGUUAAAAAUUAGGUUGCGUUUCUGUGACCGGAUGUGUAAAGCUUAGUGCCAUUCUGCUUCACUUGCUUCGUUCUCUUUCCUGUUUUACGUCAUCGUCUUUGUUUAAACUAAAAAAAAUACACUAUAAAGCUCAUCUGGUCAGAGAAGGAAAAAAUACGGA